AUGCCACCGAGUCUCCCCAACUGGGACUCGGUGGGCGUCUUUUAUGUUACUUUCUGUGCGGUAUGGACCACGCUUGUCUUUUCCGGCAUGGCAUUUUGCCUGGCCAACCGUCACAAUCCCAUCCUCAGACUACGAGGCAUGCCACUCUCCUUCUCUGCCAUUGCGUUUCUUCACUGCUACUGGGUACUCGGGCAGAUUGUGUAUCCCAUCGGGGCUACAGUGCCGACAGUCCUGGCGUAUGACAUUCAAUAUUUCUUCAUGGGCAUUUGGUUCCCGCUUGGUAUCGCUCUUUUCCAGGCUUCUAAUGCUCGGUUUCUUCAUAUUGCAAAACUGCAGAAGCAGUUUACCAGUCCUCAUCUGCGGGCCAGCUUGGGGUGCAAUGGGUCCCACAGUUCGUGGCUGUGUCGACUAAGGAACAUGAACUAUACAAAGAGGAUAAUGAUCUUCAUUGGUUUCGGGAUGAUCUUCCAGGUUCUCCUUACUGUUGGUAUGUGGCUUGCCUGCCGCAAGUACCAUCCCACGUUCGGUAUUCCUGGCACCGAGAUCCGUGGGGCGACGGUGCUAGAGCAGUUGAUCGAUCUGGGUCGAGGUUGGGAAUGGUGGCCAUCUGUUCUCUGGCAGGUCAUCUGGACUUGGAUCGUCGCUCCUAUUCUCAUCUGGCGCGCUUGGGGUAUUCGUGAUACUAUGGGAUGGCGGACGCAGACUAUUGGGUGCUGCAUCUCCAACCUGCAUGCUACGCCCAUGUUCCUGAUUGCAAGCUACGUGCCUGCUUUCAGCAAGGUCAACAUGUACUUUGCUCCAAGUCAAUGGAUCCAUCUAUCCGUCUUCAUGUUUGAGAUCUUCACCAUCUUUGUCCCUGCAUGCCAGGUCAUCCAGCAAUGGGCGCAGGCCAAGCGAGCCGCCGCGCACAAUGCCAAGUGGGAGACCGACUCGCAGAUCACGACCCUCAGGACGUCCCACUCUACUGAGCGCAAACACUCUCCCUCUCAGAGCAUCACUGAGAAGAGUCAGACAAUUGACUAUGCUGACUCGGCCGCGGGAGACCGGCUGUAUACCAUGAGUGCACUAAACCAAGUUCUCGAUGACAACCCCGGCCCGCUGCAGGACUUCUCGGCCUUGAGUGAUUUCUCUGGAGAGAAUAUCGCUUUUCUUACUCGCCUUGCAAGGUGGAAGGCUUCUUGGUAUGCGGAGCCCUCCAAGGAGCAGACUCUCGAGGCGUACAACCGGGCUCUCGAGCUUUACGCCGACUUUAUUAGCCCUCGCGACGCAGAGUUCCCUCUGAACCUGUCAUCACCCGAUCUCAAGUACCUUGAGGAAAUCUUUGAAAAGGCAACUCGAAUUCUCUGCGGUGAGGCCCGAGUCGACCCCGCUCUACCCUUCGAGAUGCCUUCUUCCGCAGGAACAGGAUCAAGCCGUUCACCAACACUCACAAACAGAGCUCGCUACACAGGCGAUAUCCCCGACACCUUUGGUCCCACAGUUUUUGACGCUGCACAGAGCCACGUCAAAUAUCUCGUUCUGACAAACACGUGGCCCAAGUUUGUCAAGGAGAUGCAGUCCCGAAGACGGUCCAGCGAGACUGCACGGAGUGGCUUCUCUGAUGAGUCUGAUGUGACUCUUACGAGCCGCGUGUCUAACAAGGUUGCUACCUUUGUUCGUUCUUUGGUUUAA